AUGUUUGAAACCGUGGACGACGUGCCCCGAUAUGUGGCUGAGAUGUUUCCGGUAUUCAUCGCAUUAGCGGUGACCGAGAAUGGGAUCCGUUUAUUGAAAGGCAAAUCAAUAUUACGGCCAAACGAUACGAUGGCUUCUAUAGAUCACGUGGUGGUUAUGUUUAGUCUUCUCAAUGAACUGCAAUCCAAAGCCUAUAUCAACGGCCAAUGGAUUGAGUCGUCGUCCAAACGGUUCCCAGUGUUGAACCCCUCGUCGGGCGAAACGAUUGGUCACUCGUAUGACUGCGAUCUGAAUGAGACCAACGAUGCGAUCGUCGGCGCGAAGACUGCGUUCACUCAAUGGAGUCAAACGACAGGCAAAUAUCGAUCGCAACUCAUUCACCGUCUCUUUGAACUUCAGAUGAGAUCAGCGCCAGAAAUGGCACAAAUCUUGACUCUGGAAAUGGGAAAGCCGUUGAAGGAAGCGAUGGGAGAGAUCUCAUACGGCGCCUCAUUCUUGGAGUGGUUCUCGGAAGAGGCCAAACGUAUUGAAGGCCGCCUAUUGGAGAGCCCGUGGGAGAAGAAGAUGAUUAUGUACUCGAAAGAGCCCAUCGGUGUCGUCGCUAUCAUAACACCCUGGAAUUUCCCGAACGCUAUGAUUACGCGUAAAUUGGGAGCCGUUUUGGCCGCCGGUUGUACUGCAGUCAUACGACCCGCAGAGGACACGCCCUUCUCGGCCGUUUUGGCCGCCGGUUGUACUGCAGUCAUACGACCCGCAGAGGACACGCCCUUCUCGGGUCUGGCGAUCGCCAAACUCGCCGAAGAGGCGGGCUUUCCGAAGGGUGUGAUUAAUGUGAUCCCCUCUUCGCGACACAACGCCUCCCAAAUCGGCAAAGCGUUGUGCGAGUCGACAGACGUGAGCGCCAUAUCGUUCACCGGCUCGACAGCCGUCGGCAAAAUACUGUUGUCUCAGUCGGCGUCGACCGUCAAGAGAGUCUGUCUCGAACUCGGAGGUAACGCACCGUUCAUUGUCUUCGAUUCGGCGGAUGUCGACAAAGCCGUCGACGGAUGCAUUGUCUCAAAGUUCAGAAACGCCGGACAAACGUGUGUUUGCGCUAACCGUAUAUACGUUCAAACGGGUAUUUACGACACAUUUGUGGCUAAAUUGGCGCAAAAAAUGUCUGAGCAGUUGGUUGUGGGCGACGGAACCGAUAGUAAGACAACUGUCGGACCACUGAUUAACUCGAAAGGUGUGGAUAAAGUGAAACUGCAUGUGAAGGACGCCGUGGAAAAGGGUGGACACGUCUAUAUGGGAGGGAAGCAAAUAAAGGGAAACUUUUUCGAACCAACGAUCGUAACCAAUGUUAACAACGAUAUGCUCUUCAGUCAAGAGGAGACGUUCGGACCGUUGGCUCCGAUUUAUCGAUUCUCGAGUGAGGAUGAAGUGUUGUCACUGGCGAAUGGGACUCGUGUAGGACUGGCCGCCUAUUUCUAUUCCAAUGACUUGUCACAGAUAUGGAGAGUCGCCAAACGGCUCAAAGUAGGAAUGGUUGGCGUCAAUGAGGGACUCAUCUCCACGUGUGAGGCGCCCUUCGGUGGCGUCAAAGAGUCCGGUUUGGGUCGCGAGGGCUCGCACUUCGGUGUCGACGAGUUCCUCGACGUCAAGUAUAUAUGUUUGGGAGGGCUUUAGAAAUGAUUGUGAAUUUAUUAUACAAUUAAAUGUUGUGCUCUAAAUAUAUGUUUCUAAAUAUGUAUUCAAUGUGUAAUCAA